AUGGCCUUCGCACACUGCUGUUCUGCAUCGCUGGCCCUCACGCUGGCCUUCCUGCUCGCCCUCUUUCCGCAAGCAAAGGCACAAUCCGUUUACGAGACCAAAUACUGUUCGGAUCUGAACACGGGCAGCGGAUCAAGGAAUUUCAGCGUCUACCAGAGCAACAGCAUAUGUGCCAAUUACUGCAACGGGAUCCAGGUGCCCGGCCAGAGUCAGCCGUUCGCCUUUGCCGUACUCCAGGGCAAUUACUGCUGGUGCUCGGAUUAUGUGCCGGCGACCACGACGACCGGGUGUUCGAAGCCAUGCCCCGGAUUCCCCGACGACUUGUGUGGAGGAGACGACCUGUUUACCUACCUUGAGAUUGGCGGCAACGAACCCGCAGGCACCAAAGGUGCUCCCGCUGCCACCCCGAUUCCGACCAGCACCUCCCCCCCUUCGACUCGAGCUACUACUACCUUACUAUCGACAACCACCCCCCCUUCAUCCAGAGUCACCUCCUCCUCUUCGGCGUGGACCCCGACAGCUGUCACAUCCCUCUCCGAGUAUGCCCCGGGCAAGACCAUGACCCUCAUACAAACCGCGGCAGCGCCCUCGAGCCCCGGCACCGGACCCAAGUCGGGCAAGUCUGGCCUGAGUACGGGCGGAGCAGUUGGACUUGCGGUGGGGCUCUGUGCCUUGGUGGCACUCCUCGUGGCUCUGGCCUUCUUCCUUCUCCGAAAGCGUCGGCAAGAAAGGGAAGCUGCAUCGGCGGACGAUCUCAGCCGGAAGGGCAGCUCAGCCGGCCUCGGAGCAGGAACCAUCCCGUCCCGGACGAUGAGCGAGAAUUCUCGCUACGUGCUCGGGACCGAUGGGCGACGAGUCAUCGAGCAGUGGGAGCCAGGAGAGGCGGAAGAGAUCAGACGCAGCCGACUGAUCCCCGUGGACCAACGUCUGGACCCCUUCUCGGCCGUGUACCAGCGCGGAGAUAACAAGAGCCGCGAGAGUGUCAACACGCUCCGGGACGACCAUGAUUAUUCCCGCCGCGUGGCCUCGGGUCCGGGCAUCCUCCGCGCCACCAACCCCGACUAA